AUAAGCUUGAUUUUCAACAGAUCAGAUCAGAAGCACACCGCCGCGGUGAUGAGUUUGAGAUAAACAUGAGCAGAGAAUAAGAAGCAUUAAAAACUUCAUGGAUACUCAAACGAAAAUUGUAUCCGGGAGGAGGGAAAUCCUUCCGUAUGAUGCGGAAGAAACAACGCCACUUUUGUUUAACAACUCAAUUAACGUCAACAAGAAUGUUGCGAGUCAAGGGAAGACCUCACUUGCGGGGGCAGUGUUCAUCGUCAUAAAUGCCUGUAUCGGAGCAGGGUUGUUGAAUUUCCCACAUGCUUUCCAAUCAGCUGGUGGAAUUGUCGUUGGUGUUGUUGUUCAGUUGAUUCUCUUGCUUGUGAUUGGCUCGUCAUUAUUGGUGCUAGCUCGAUGUUGCCAUAUCCACAAUUGCUCUACAUACCAGGAGGUGGUACAGAAAAUGUGUGGUUCAUUGGGUCUCUUCUUCUGCAAUAUCACCAUCUUCCUCUACUGUUUUGGAACUUCUAUCACCUUUAUGAUAGUAAUUGGUGAUCAGUUAGACAGUUUUCUUGAAUUCAUUGCCAAGAAUUCAAUGGAUAAGUGGUACAUGAACCGGAAAUUUACUCUGACUCUGUUUUCAGUGUUAGUUGUCUUGCCUCUUUGCAUUCCAAAGGCUAUUGAUUUUCUCAAGUAUUCAAGGUUUUGUCAUAUUAGUUCGAUCCCUGUCUACGCAAGUCUGAAAAAACGUACGGUGGCGCAAUUUUCCAAAGUGUGUGUAAUAGCUUUGUUUUUAGCUUUUACCGUGUACACUUUAACAGGUAUCUUUGGGUCAUUGACCUACGGUACAAGUUCGUGUAGCGAUAUACUCAAGUCUUACGAUGCGGAUGAUGUUAGCAUGACAAUCGCUAGGAUCAUGAUUGCAGCGUCUGUUUUAACUGCUUACCCAAUCCUACAUUUUUGUGGCAGGGUUGUAAUCAACGAUUUGUAUGUCAAAUUUUUUAAACUGACACCGGAACAAAUUGAAGACAGAGAGAAAAUAAGACGAAUUAUUCAGACUGUGAUAUGGUGGUUCUUCUCGUUGAUCUUGGCGUUGUUUAUCCCAAGUAUUGGUGUUGUCAUAUCAGUGAUCGGUGGCUUAGCAGCAAUAUUUAUAUUUGUAUUCCCAGGUUUAUGUCUAAUUGAGUAUGCCAUACAUUAUUAUGAAGGGAGUUUACGAUGUAAACAUCUUCUGGUUGGGUGUGGCAUUGCCUGUGUUGCAAUCGGAACAUUUAUCCUCGGAGAGAGCACAACACUGUCAAUCAUGACCAAUAUACAAGGUGACACCUUAACUUGCUGAUCAUAGUCCAUCAUGAUUAGGGAAGAGUACUUAAUUUGCUGGUAUUCCAGAUGAAAAUCUACCACUCUGAUCAAUACCCAUCAUGAGUGAGAUACAUGUUGGACAAUAUACAAAACAACCGAUUACCUCAUUGACCAUUGUCCAUCAUAGCGAUACUUUAGCAUACAGGCCUCCUUAAUUUGCUGAUAUUCCGUCAUGGAUAAUUUACAAGAUUUCAACUUAACUCACAGAACAUGAAUGACACGCAAAGUGACACCUUAGCUUACUGAUUAUUGGUCUUCAUAAAUAAGAUUCAUAUUAAGACACCUCAACUUACUGACAUUCCAUUAUUGAUAUACAAAAUAACACCUCAUUGAUCAUUGUUCUUAAUGACUGAUAUUAAUAAACACCCAAAU